GGCUUCUCCAGCAGAUCAAAAUCCUCUACUGUCUGAAGGAGCCCUUCAAUCAACAGGAAUGCUCCUCUGGGUUUAAGGCAUCCUUUAUAACACUGUGUUUUGAAUAAUUGUUCCUAAUAAGGUAACUCACUGGUCAUGUGGAUGUUUUGAAAAUGAAUCAAUACUUCUAAUUCUUUUUAAUAAUUUAUAUAUAUUGAAUUAAUUGCUGAUAAAACUGAAACUGAGAAUUUAUGAGUUAAGCUAUUAGUUUACUUAAUGCACCAGGCAGAAAAAAUAAUAAAGGUCGCAUGCAUAACUUUCCCCUUUUUUGGUAGUAUUACUUAGCUGCUUCUGUUUUUUUUCCUGCCAGGUGUUCAUACUGAAGCAGUAUCAUCAUGACAGAAUCACAAGAACUGUCCAGGAGUACCUUGGACAAUGAAUGGAAGAGGACGAGAAAACAAAAAGAAUGUGGCAUCUAAAAAGAAUUUAAUACCUGGAAGUCUUGGCUGUGACACAUCUGUAAAAAUGGGACUUAUUCUGUUGAAAUACAAAUUAACUUAGGUAGCCAUCAAGCUUGGAGUCAUGCUAUUGAACUAGAAAUAAAUGUUCUUCUCUCUCCCUGGCCAGUAACAGAGCAUUGAUGGAUAAUAAUUUUCCCAAGUUGGAAACAUUUGUUCUUACCCCUUUAGGUUAUCCUUAUGACUCCAUAAGGAAUAAAACUUUUCAUACUUAAUACUGAUCAGAAUGGGCAACUGACUUGUCAGCAACAAAAAUGGCAGAAUUUAUGGGCUGAGCCAGAGCUUCCCAAUGCACUUUGUACACACUGGGAAAUGUUGUACUGUAUGGCCGCCUUCUGAAGGCCAUGAUGACAUAUAAAAUCAGGAUAUCAUCUUAUUGUUGAUAUCUUUGAGGAGUCAUAAGUAGAAUCAGAAAAAAUGAAUGGAAGCAAGGAGUGUGAUGGUGGGGACAAGGAUGGAGGACUGUCGGCAGUACAAGUCCCAGUUGGUUGGCAACGGAGGGUGGAUCAAAAUGGUGUUCUGUAUAUUAGUCCUAGUGGUUCUUUAUUGUCCUGUUUGGAGCAGGUUAAAACAUACCUGCUGACUGAUGGAACAUGCAAGUGUGGUUUAGAAUGUCCUCUCAUCCUUCCUAAGGUAUUUAAUUUUGAUCCUGGAGUUGCUGUGACGCAGAGAACAGCUGAAGAUGUUAAAGCAGAUGAAGAUGUCACCAAGCUAUGCAUUCAUAAACGGAAAAUUAUUGCUGUGGCUACACUUCAUAAAAGCAUGGAAGUGCCACAUCCCUCACUGGUUCUGACUAGUCCUAGUGGUGGAACAAGUGCAACUCAAAUGGUACCAUCACGAGCAGCAACUCCAAGAUCAAUGAGGAAUAAAUCACAUGAAGGAAUCACCAAUUCUGUGAUGCCAGAAUGUAAAACUCCUUUCAAGUUGAUGAUGGGGGGCUCAAAUGCCAUGGGUAGGCUGUAUGUUCAAGAGAUGAGUGCAAACCAGCAACAAGAACUUCAUUCUGUCUAUCCUAGGCAGAGAUUGGGUAGUAAUGAACAUGGACAGAAGUCUCCAUACCGUGGCAGCCAUGGAGGAAUGCCUAGUCCAGCUUCAUCAGGAUCACAAAUAUAUGGAGAUGGCUCAAUUUCACCUAGGACAGACCCACUUGGAAGUCCAGAUAUUUUCACAAGGAAUAAUUCUGGUUUUCAUGGAGCACCCAACUCUAGUCCUGUUCACAUGAAUAGAACUCCUCUGUCCCCACCUUCAGUAAUGCUACAUGGUUCUCCAGUGCAGUCAUCUUGUGCACUGGCUGGAAGGACUAAUAUACCUCUUUCCCCAACCUUGGCCACAAAAAGUCCAAUAAUGAAAAAACCCAUGUGUAAUUUUUCAACUAGUAUGGAAAUGCCACGAGCAAUGUUUCACCACAAACCACCUCAAGGUCCUCCUCCUCCACCACCACCACCGCUGCCGCCGCCACCUUCUUGUGCUCUUCAGAAAAAGCCAUUAACAUCAGAGAAGGAUCCACUUGGCAUUCUUGACCCCAUUCCUAGCAAACCAGUGAAUCAGAAUCCUGUUAUCAUUAAUCCAAGUACUUAUCAUUCAAAUGUCCACUCUCAGGUACCUGUGAUGAAUGUAAGCAUGCCUCCAGCUGUUGUUCCUUUACCAAGUAAUCUUCCUUUGCCGACUGUAAAACCUGGUCACACAAACCAUGGGAGUCAUGUUCAAAGAGUUCAGCACUCUACUUCAACCUCUCUCUCACCCUCACCAGUAACAUCACCAGUUCAUAUGAUGGGAUCUGGAAUUGGAAGGAUUGAGGCUUCGCCCCAAAGAUCACGUUCAUCUUCCACAUCAUCUGACCAUGGAAAUUUCAUGAUGCCUCCAGUAGGACCACAGUCAUCUUGUACUAAUAUUAAAGUCCCCCCUCGAUCACCGAGAUCAUCAAUAGGGUCUCCUAGACCAUCCAUGCCAUCAAGUCCUUCUACAAAGACUGAUGGACUCCAUCAAUACAAGGACAUCCCCAAUCCACUGAUUGCUGGAAUGAGUAAUGUAUUAAAUCCUCCAAGCAAUGCAGUUUUUCCAUCUGCAUCUCCUGGAAGUGGGCCAGUGAAAAGUCAGCCUGGAUUGCUGGGAAUGCCUUUAAAUCAGAUCUUGAACCAGCACAAUGCUGCCUCCUUUCCAGCUAGUAGUUUACUCUCAGCAGCAGCCAAAGCACAGCUAGCAAAUCAAAAUAAACUUGCUGGUAACAAUAGUAACAGCAGUAGCAAUUCUGGAACUGUUGCCAGUGGUGGCAGCAAUGAUGGACACAGCACUUUAAACACCAUGUUUCCUCCUACUGCCAACAUGCUUCUACCAUCAGGUGAAGGGCAAAGUGGUCGAGCAGCACUACGAGAUAAACUGAUGUCUCAACAAAAGGAUCCCUUGAGGAAAAGAAAACCACCAACCACUACAGUGUUGAGUUUGCUUAGGCAGUCUCAAAUGGAUAGUUCUGGAGUUUCUAAAUCUGGGCCAGACUUGAUAAGAAAGCAGAAUCAAGGUUCAUUUCCCAUUACAUCUAUGUCCCAGUUACUUCAAUCCAUGAGCUAUCAAGGUUCUCAUAUGAGUAGCAAUAGUACUACUGGUUGUGGGAGCUCAAAUUCUAUUUUGCCUUGCUCUGCUAACCAGCUGCAUUUUACAGACUCUAAUAUGAACUCUAGCACUCUUCAGAAUUCACUGGCACAGGAUUUACCUGUAAGAGGGGAAAGUAUGCACUGCCAGAAUUCAAACACUAACUUUGGCCAUGGCACUAGCCCUGGCCCUAACAACCAUCUUGCAGGCUUAAUAAAUCAGAUGCAAACAAGUGGAAGUUGUGGGGUGCUCAGUCAGCCUGGAUUGGCUUUAGGAAAUUCAUUACAUCUGAACCCACCUCAGCCACGAAUCCAAGCACCAUCUACAUCAGUGAUACCAAACAACAUUGUAAACAGUUGCAGUCAAACAAGUUCUGAAACAGGAAGAGCAGGACCACCGUCAUCCACUGCUGUAGCUGGCACCAGUCAACCUGCCAUCACCAAGACAAUAUCCGUUCUUCAAGAUGGUGUCAUAGUCACAACAGCAGCUGGAAACCCACUACAUAACCAGCUCCCUCUUGGGAAUGAUUUUCCUUUCGUUGGCCAUGAACAUGCUCUGCAUUUUCCACAGAACAGCGCUUCAAACAACAAUCUUCCACACUCCUUGAAUCCAAACCUCUUUAGUUCGCUACCUAUCUCUUUGCCAGUGAAUCAGCAGCACCUCCUAAACCAGAAUCUAUUAAAUAUACUGCAGCCUUCAGCAGGAGAAGGCAAGUCUGAGGUCAACCUCAAUCCUUUAGGUUUUCUCAACCCAAAUGUAAAUGCUGCUUUAGCUUUGCUCUCCGGUGAUAUGGAUGGACAGGGGCUGCAACCUGUUCAUUUUCAGCUGCUAGCAGCUCUUCUUCAGAAUCAAGCCCAAACAGCUGCCAUGUUCCCUCUAGCACCUUUCAAUCUGUCCAUCUCAGAUCUGUUACAGCAACAGCAAAACAAUCCUGUGCCCUCAGUAACACAGAUGCCAGCCACAUCAUCAGAUCAAUUGCUUAGCAGUCAGUCAGACACCAACAGAGCUGAGACCCUGUUAACCAACCCCCUGGGAAACCCUUUCCCAAGCUUUUCAGGCACAGAUACUGUUUCAAACCCCCUGCUCCUCCCAGCUGUCACUGGGGCCUCAGGAUUAAUGACCUUGAAUCCCCAGCUGUUGGGAGGCGUUCUGAACUCUGCAUCUGGCAACACUACUAAUCAUCCAGAGGUUUCCAUAGCAACCUCCUCCCAGGCUACUGCUACCACUACCACAGCCACUACAUCAUCAGCAGUGGCAGCACUGUCUGUCUCAACCCUUGGUGGGACAGCAGUGGUGUCAAUGGCAGAAACAUUGCUGAGCAUAUCUAAUAAUGCUGGGAGUACAUCUGGUCCAGCUAAACUCAACAGUAACUCUGUGGUGCCACAGCUACUUAACCCUCUACUGGGGACAGGUCUUCUUGGUGAAAUGUCCUCAAUAAACACUACUCUUAAUAACCAUCAGCUAAAUCAUCUACAGUCACUGUUCAACAACAAUCAAAUGUUUCCAUCAAAUCAGCAACAGCAACUUCUACAAGGCUAUCAGAAUCUCCAAAGUUUUCAAGGACAGCCUCCUAUUCCCGGGCCACCUAACAACCCAAACCCUAUGGCUUGUCUUUUCCAGAAUUUUCAGGUAAGAAUGCAAGAAGAGGCUGCCUUUCUGAACAAGAGAAUGAUCACGCAAAUGGGAAUGCCACCAAUUCCUGAAACUUCCAACACCCCACUUCCUCCUUUUCAAGAUGCAGCAUGCAACUUACAGCAAAGAACAGAACCAGCGGUAGGGCAGCAGGCAAAGGACAACCUCAGUUUAGCUCCCCAGGGUGAUGGUUCAGUUGAUGCCAUCUACAAAGCAGUGGUGGAUGCUGCGAGUAAGGGGAUGCAAGUAGUAAUCACCACAGCAGUUAACAGUACAACGCAAAUGAGCCCUAUUCCAGCUUUGAGUGCCAUGAGUGCCUUCACAGCCUCAAUUGGUGACCCAUUAAAUCUUUCCAGUGCUGUCAGCGCAGUAAUCCACGGACGAAACCUUGGCAUUUCUGAUCAUGAAGGUAGGACAAGGAGCACUAGGGGCACACGAAUACUGAAGAAUUCAGAACACCUUAAAAAUUCCAGUGAGGGGGAUGGCUUGGAAUACUAUAAACCAACAGGUUGCAACACACCCAAGAAACAGUGGGAAGGGGAGCAAAGCCCUGGAGGGGAAAUGAACAGAUGGAAGUGUGAGGAGUUUUUAGACCAUUCAUCCCAUAUGCACAGUAGCCCUUGCCACGAAAGACCCAACAAUGUUUCCACAUUGCCAUUAGUCCAAGGCAAGCAACAUCCAGUACUGUUAUCCCAGCGAAACUGUCACAGCGAUAAGAUGUUGGAGGAGAACUUCAGGUAUAGCAAUUACAAAAGAACUAUGAUGAGUUUUAAAGAGAGACUAGAGAACACUGUGGAACGAUGUGCACACAUAAAUGGAAACAGGCCUCAACAGAGCAGAGGUUUUGGAGAGUUGCUGAAUGCUUCUAAGCAAGACCUGGCAGUAGAGGAGCAGUCUCCAAGUUCCUCCAAUAGCUUUGAAAGUUCUCUAGUUAAAGACUACAUCCAUUAUAAUGGAGACUUUAAUGCCAAAAGCAUUAAUGGGUGUGUGCCUAGUCCUUCCGACGCUAAAAGCAUUAGUAGUGAAGAUGAUCUAAGGAAUCCCGAUUCCCCUUCUUCAAAUGAGUUGAUACACUACAGGCCAAGGACGUUUAACGUUGGGGACUUGGUCUGGGGCCAAAUAAAAGGACUGACUUCAUGGCCUGGUAAAUUAGUAAGAGAAGAUGAUGUUCACAACUCAUGUCAACAAAGCACUGAGGAUGGGAAGGUGGAGCCUGACAAGUUGAAGACACUAACAGAAGGUCUGGAAGCCUACAACCAUGUAAGAAAGAAGAAUAGAAAAAGUGCGAAGCUAAAUAACCAUUUAGAAGCUGCUAUACAUGAGGCCAUGAGUGAACUCGACAAAAUGUCUGGGAAUGUGCACCAAAUUCCACAGGGAGACAGACAGCUGAAACCUCCAAAGCCCAAGAGGAGGAAGAUCUCUAGAUAACAAUGAAUGUCUUUGUUACUGGUCCAGUACUUAAAUAAACAAACAUGCACAUAUAUAUGUAUGUAUGUACGUAUUAUCAAUAUAUAUAUAUAUAUAUAUAUAUAUAUAUAUAUAUAUAUUGAUAAUAUCAGGAUGGAUAGAGUUCAUCACCACAGGGUGCUAAACAAAACAGUGGUACAGUAUUCUUAUUGGUAAAGAGAGUGAAUCCAGAUCUUCAAAAGAUUACAGUGUGUCCAUAAAAUCCUUUUUUCUAUAAUACUAGAAUUGUGAUUAUAAGAUUAUAGUCCAGAUGUUCCUGCAAAAUUUUCAUUAUGUAUAUAGAUAAAAACAUAAUUUCAUGACGAUAUCUGAAAUGUAAAUAAUGUACAAUAUUGUCAUGUACAAGCGUACCUAAUGCACACUUUAUCUUUUAUUGUACAAAAAAAAUAGUGUACAAAAUUCUUUGGUUUCUAUUGAGUACACAUACAAGAGACUACCAGUGUAAAGUGAUAAAUAAAAAUACAGCCUAAAUGCUUUUAUAUAAUAAUGUAAAAGAUGCUGUUUUUGUAUUUAACAGCAGUGGAAAGGCAUGAUUAUGUAAUACCUUAAUUAUGGCAUAACACUUCUCGCCACUGAGUGUUCAUUUAUAGUGUCUGUUUGGAGUGAACCUUGCCUGGAAGUACUGUACUCCAUCUCAGGUCCCUGUGGGAGAGUGCAGCCUUGCAGAUUCCUAAAGGGAUGUGGGAUCACAGGUCAAAUUAAGAAGUCAAAAUCUGCAACUACUUGUUGCAUUUUUUAAUUUGCCUUAGUUAUAAAGUAGAGUACUGUAGUUUUUUUAUUAAAAUAUUUAGAUAGAAUAUUUUAGUCAGCUAUUGCUUUAAUAGUUUCAUAGCCACCUGUGUUAAAAGCAGACUCACCUUAUACCACCAUUUAUUUUGAAUCCCUUUAAAGUCUAAAUUGGCUAGUCCAGUUUGCUGAAGCAGAGAAUGCAAUUCGUUUUAACAUAUGAGAGCAACAGCCCAGUUUAAAGAACUGUUCUCAUUGCUAACUUGCUAACCAUCAGACUGUACAAUAUAGCAAAAAGGUGUUCCUUAAAGGAAAGGGGUUCAGUUACCAGUUGUGCUUGGGUGUUUUUAUUCAGUUCAGUAGGGCUGUAUCAGCAUAAGCGGUUACUGAAUUGUCUCGCCUACCAAUAUGGACAUCAUCACCCACAUUCAUAUUCUAGAGGUGAAAGGUGGCUUACUAAACUACUAGCAGCACUGGCCUGGAUCCAAAGAACUGCACAAUUAUUUCUGUGCAUCCAAACAUUUUGUGUAUGCAUGUGUAUGUUCCUGAAAUAGAAAUCGCCCUCUCCCCUGUGUGAAGGGGACAAACUACUUUUGAAGCAGAGGGGAUUUCCAGCAACACUAUCUGAUAAAGAAUGGGGUCUCUUAUCAAAGGGGGUUGGUCAAAAAUCCUAGCAAACACACUGAAAUCUUUGGGUUAUAGCUCUUUGGAUCCCAGCCACUGAUAUUAUCAGUAUUAUGUAACAUAUCAGAUUUAUUUUAUUUAAUAAGAAUUAUUUAUACCAUUAAGAGAUUCUUAUAUAUAAAUAUAUAUAUAUGUUAAUGUGGCAGAAAUGUGCAGGUUGAAUCUAUUAACCAGAUUAUUUAUGUUAUGUUAAGUUUGAAAGAAAUGUGAAACAUGUAUGUUAGAAAGAUGAUCAUACACUACAGAUCCGCAAACCUAAAGCUGUGAGCCAUUCUCAGAAUACCAGUAUCUUUAAGAAAAAAUGCAGUGCAGUGUCAUUUUCAGUGUUGGUAGUGCAUAUGGUGGCAAUGCCCCCUCUUCAGGCAUCCCCAAACUCAGUUAACCAUGCCUGGGCCCAAGAUGGAGUCCUUAGGACCACCUACUACCUCUUCAUCUGGGAGCCACCAUUUUGUUUCAUCCUGGAAUUUCAUUCCUUAUAAUCA